AUGUUUGAUUCUUCUAUGCAGCCCAAAUUUAGUAGACAACAACAACCGAAUUCAAUAACUAUGCCUCAUUACCCUCCAAUAACAACAGCAACAACAGCAACCAAAGUUCCAUUAUUGAGCACCAUAUUCACACAAUCGCAGUGUUUAUUUGGCGGGCAGGGCAAAAAUGCUCCUCAUAAUAUUGUGUAUGCAACGGCAAGCAGCCAGUCGGUAGAUAAAAAUCUCCUUGAUUUAACUACUUCUUGUAAUGGCCCAGGCGGAUCACUAAAGUAUGAAACAGUCGACAUGAAACUACCUGCUGCAUUUUCAAUAUGCGAUGCUCUAUCAUCUUCAAUUGAACCGUUAACGUCUGCAACCCGAAUUCAAACUGAAGGCUUUGAACUAAAACCAUAUGAGGUGCCAAAGAAAUCUAUCGAUUACAAUCAAAAGUAUUACUCACAAGACUCACUGCAGAAAAUGAUUAGUUCUUCGGGCGAAUCAUUCAGAAACGACAGAAAAUUUCGCCAAUCUCCCGGAAAAACAGCCGUCAUUGACUGUUCAUACAAUAGAAUUCCAAUGGCACAUAAGAUGGAUGCUGAUACAUUGAUUGGUGAAUUCACACUUACUAAUUUGAUACCAAAUUUUUCUUCGCAAACAUUAGUAAUAUCGAUUUGCAUGAAUAUUGAUUGUAACGGAUUGUUAGAAAUCGAAACUGAAGAAAGACGUUCAGGUGCUAAAACAAAAUUUACAAUUGAUCAACAGAAUUAUACAGUAGAUAAAAAAUAUAUUGAACAACAUCUUUCAUAUGUAGAAAGUAAUCCAAAUUUUCAUGCUUUUUGUGUUUAUGAUCGAUAUCCGAAAGAUUCAUUAUAUAUGCUUAAAGGACCAACUAUCAAUGCAAAAAUUAAUUUUACAAGUGAAUCACAAAUAUAUAAAGGCUUUACAUUAUUUGAUAAAAUGAAACAGAUUGAUUUAACCACACUGAUGAUGAAUGAAUUGAAAAGAAUUCAAUUAGUAGAUGGGUCAUUUGAUUUAAAUCAAGAUUUAGCUGAUUUAUUAUCUCUCAAUAUGAAAGACUUUGAUGAACUUAAAAUGUAUUUAAACAAACAGGGUUUUAAUUCAUUUGCACUAAACACACAAACUGAUAUAAUUCGUUUGAUUGCGACGGGUAUCAUGCUUCUUGAAUUUUUAUUACAAGUACCCGUAUCAGAAAGAAAUGCAUCAUUGGUUCCAUUCGACAGUAAACAAAUUCAACUAAUUUUUCAUCGUCAUUUGUCUCAAGCUCUGUUAGAGAAUAUUGAUAAAAUGAUUCAUUUUUAUGAACAAAAGCGUUUAUCCUAUGACAUCUAUUGUGCACAAUUAGAAUUAAAAUAUUCAUCAUGGGAAAAAUUCAUUCAAUAUGCACUUUUUCAUAUCGAUAUUUAA